AUCAAGCAAGGAAGAAGAAAAAUACAUCGACCUGUUGGGGGCGGAGUAUUUUCUUUUUACUGCCAAAAAGCCAAUAAAAGGCUUUCGGCGUUUGCGUUUGAAACCGGGAUAUUAUAAUUUCCUGCAAAUAGGAGUGAAGCAACACAUGAACCAAGAAAAGAGCUGCUAACAUGGAUGCAAGUGAGGACCAAAACACCAGCACAAACACCACCACCACCAAUGGAAACCCUCAGACCAGCAGAACCUCCCGCCCACCGCAGAUUGCCCACAUGUCUCUUUAUGAGCGGCAGGCCGUGCAGGCACUUCAAGCCUUGCAGAGACAGCCGAACGCAGCGCAGUACUUCCAGCAACUCAUGCUUCAGCAGCAGAUCAACAAUGCUCAACUUCAUAACCUGGCAGCUGUGCAACAGGCUACACUUGCAGCGAGUCGCCAGUCUAACACCCCGAGUAGCAGCAUCUCACAGGCGGCCACCACUGUGAACCUCAGUACCACGUCGGCAGGGGGAACUGCAGUGACGCCUCGUCCCCACGGGCCAGCCACCUCUGCGACAACUACCGCCCUUAACCAGUCAGUGUUGUUGGGGGGGAACUCGCCAGGACAGGGGCAGAUGUAUCUUAGGGUGAACCGUUCUCUCAGGGCUCCGCUGGCCUCUCAGCUCAUCUUCAUGCCGGGGGGUACAGCAACAGCUACUGUUACUACAGUGGCCCAGACCCAGCAGCAACAACAACAGCAACAACAGACUGAAGCUCCUACCUCAGCCAGCGCUCAGUCUGAUAAUGAUCAGGUGCAGAAUCUGGCCUUACACUGUGUGUCCACUCCCAGAGCGGUCGCAAUCAAGUCCGAGCUCCCCGAGAGGAAAGAGCCUGGCAGCUUUCCUGUCAGUCAGCAGCAGCAAGUUCAACCCCAGCAGCAAGCGGCCAAAUCAUCCGGCAACACGAUGGCCGUCAAAAGCUCCAACCAGCCCGCGAUCAAUGUCCCUCCUUCCGCUGCGUCGGUGGCCCCCUCCGCCGCCUCCACUCCGGCGCUCCCACUUUCCCAGCUCCUCCUGUCGCCCUCGUCCGCCCCCGUCAUUCUGGUGCCCACCUCCAAUGUCCCUACCUCCACCCAGGGCUAUUCCCUUGGCUCGGUCGCCCCUAAGGCCAACGUCAACACGCAGACUCUGGUGGUGCAGCCCCUCCAGCAGGCCAGCGCUGUUGCCGACAAAGGCCCCGUGCCUAUCCAGCCCAAGACGGCGCAGGGACACCGCCUACCCGUGCAGGUGUCCCCCCGACAGCCGCUUCCUAUUCUCCCAGCCCCGCCCGGCAAUAGCCAGGCAGCCCACAAUCCCCCGCAUAUUCCAGUACAGCUGGUGGGGGCCAGGCAGUGCAUGGGGGGAAGCGUGCAGGCCGUGGCUCUGGCGCAGGUGCGAAAUGUCACAACACAGGAAAACGUUAACGCUAAUGCCACCUCACACAACACUUCUACAACUGUGAAUAAGUCUGCCAACGGCUCCCUGAAGAGGAAGUCGGACUGCGAUGCACCCAACGAAACGACUGCAGGUUCUUCCGAAUCUGUUUCGAUGAAAGACGCUGCUCCUGCUUUAACUCAGACAAAGGAGUCAGCAGCUCCUGUUCCCCCAGCCUCCUCGUUGCCACCCAACCUGUCCUUGCCUCUGCCGCUGUCGAGGGUGGGCCACAGCGACAAAGAGCGGGCGCCGCUCCCCCAAGCGGUGGUCAAACCUCAAGUCCUCACGCACCUCAUUGAGGGCUUCGUCAUCCAGGAGGGAGCUGAGCCUUUCCCUGUCGCCGGGCUCCUUAAAGAUCGUGACUUUGCCCUGGGUGCCCGUGUAGAGAAUGGCCCACCGAUGUUGAAAUGUGAGUACUGCUUAAGCCUGGCACCGGCCAGCCAGUUCAGAGGAACCAAGAGAUUCUGCACCAACACCUGUGCUAAGAGGUACAAUGUAAGCUGCAGCCAACACUACAAGUCAAGCAGAGGGAUAGGCGGCACUGCCGGGCCGCCGCCGCCUCCGCCCCCGGCCAAGAAUGCUGCCAGGCGCCGUGGACCCCCUCGCCGCAGCAGCUCCAAUAGCAACAAGUUGUCCGGCCAGCAUCGAAACGUCAAGUGCCACUCUGACUCCAGCCACUCAGAGGAAGCGUCCAGUGACGGCGACGAGGAGGAAGAUGAGGAGGAAGAGGAGGACACCCCUUCCCUUUCUCCCAGCUCCUCCCACUCACGCAACAACGCUCCCCAGUCGGACGCCUCGGCUCCCGGGACCCUCCCCAUGGAGACGGCCGGCUUCCUGUCGGCCACUCCAGCCCAGUGGAGCGUGGAAGAAGUGUGCAGGUUCAUCUCGUCGCUUCAAGGCUGCGAGGAGCUGGCCGCUCACUUCCUGUCCCAGGAAAUCGACGGGCAGGCUCUGCUGCUCCUCCGCGAGGACCAUCUCAUCUCGACCAUGAACAUCAAGCUGGGUCCUGCCCUCAAGAUUUGCGCCUCCAUCAACAGCCUACGCGAGUGACCAAUCGUUUACUCAUUGUCCACAGUGUUAUUUUGGGAUGUUGACACGACACUAUGAUUAACAGUUUACAUUUUGGACCUUGAAUGUGCCAAAACAUGUUUGGGUUUUUGGGGGCUGUAGUAUGAGUGAUGACAUUAACAAUGUUAACUACGCUAACCCAGUAGUGAGAACUAGUGUUUUGACUUGUUUUUGUACUCUCAUGUCAAGUGGUAGCGAGGUUAUCUACACAAAAGACAUGAUGCCUUCUUGCUGUAUUUAAAAUGGUGCUUCACUUUUUUUGAGUUCCUGUCCAUCAAGAAUGGAGGCAUUCAUAAUGGUUUCUGAAGUUUACUUUUGUAUUUUUCACCUAUUCUACUCUACAAAGUAUUUUUCAUGUCAAGUUUUCAGAGCUGUAACCAACUUACGAGGUGUGCCAGAAAAGCUCCAGGACUGGUGUCACAACGUAUAUCCAGCGGUGCCUUGAGAUGAGUUUCAUCCGUUCCAUGGCCAUGCUUGUAACUCAAAACACUCAAAUCACAUUUUCCCCAUUGAAAUGAAUAGAAAUUCCAUUAAUCCAUUACAGCCACCCCGCCCCAAAAUUUUUUUUUGUUUUAAUAAGAAUUGCAAUUUAUAAGAACAUAGUUAUGACAAUAAAAAUAGAACGUAAAGAUUGCCCAAAUUUCCAUUGCUGGGGGGGGGGUUAUAUCAGUGCGAUACUGAUGCUAUUCUUUAGCCUGUCUAUGGUGUUUUGCAUUGUUUGUUAGCAUUUAGCUAAACUGACUCAUCUAAAGCAAAGCUAUGCAGUUUGAAAUUCAGUGUAUAAUUCUGUUAGGUUGACAGUAAACUGCUUGAAGCCUUUUUAUUUUUUUUA